UCAAAAGCAAGCCCUUCUUCAAAAUCUCCUAAUUUGUCAGUAACUUUUCUCAGUCAUAUAUUGGCAACCCCUUUCACAUCUUCCUUUCUCCUAUCAGAUUUUUUUCUCAUCCAUCUACUCACAGAAAUCCCAAUGGCGCUUGUAACUAGCAGAGGAGCCUCAUCUUCCGCUUUCACUCACCAAUCCAAGAACUUUGAUGUCUUCUUAAGUUUCAAAGGUGAAGAUACCCGUCUUGGUUUCACGAGUCACUUGUAUAACGCUUUGUGUCAGCAAGGCAUUCACACCUUCAUCAAUAAUAAUCUCCAAAUGGGAGAACAAAUUUCUACUGAACUUUUCAAAACUAUUGAAAGUUCAAUGAUUUCAAUAAUCGUAUUCUCUGAAAACUAUGCAUUCUCUACUCGAUGCUUGGAUGAACUUGUCAAAAUUCUUGAGUGUAAGAAGAAUGAUCAGUUGGUGCGACCAGUUUUUUACAAUGUUGAUCCAUCAGAAAUUCGUAAACAAAAAGGAAAGUUCGGGGAAGCACUUGCUAAACAUGAAGAAAAAUUUAAGGAUGCUGAGAAGGUACAAAGGUGGAGGAAUGCUUUAUAUGAAGUGGCCAAUAUUUCUGGUUGGCAUUACAAGCACAAUUGUACUGAAUUCGAAUUUAUCCAAGGAAUUGUCGAAGAGGUAUCAAAUUCAAAAUUAUAUCGUAUGCCAUUAUUUGUUGCUAAAUAUCCAGUGGGAAUAAAUUCUCGAGCAGAGGCCAUAGAAUUACUUUUAGAUAUAGAAUCAAUUGAUGUUCGCAUGGUAGGGAUCUAUGGCCUUGGUGGAGUCGGUAAAACCACAAUCGCAAAAGCUAUUUAUAAUAGGAUUUUUUAUCUCUUUGAUAGAAGAAGCUUUCUAGAGAACAUUAGAGAGAAGUCAAAGACAGAUGAAGGCAUAAUCCAACUGCAAGAGACACUUCUUUUUGAUAUCUUAGGGAAUAAGAAUUUGAAGGUGGGCAGCAUAUCUAGAGGGAUCAACAUGAUAAACGAAAGUCUUUGUGGCAAAAGGGUUCUUGUAAUUCUUGAUGGUGUGGAUGAAUUAGACCAAAUAGAAAACUUGCUUGGAAGAUGUGAUUGGUUUGCUUCUGGAAGUAGAAUUAUUAUAACAACAAGAGAUAAACACUUGCUAGAUACUUUUGGAAAUGGUCUUUCAACCUAUGAGGUAAAGGGCUUAAAUGAACAUGAAGCUUUUGAACUCUUUAAUCAAUAUGCUUUCAAGAGAAACGAACCCAAGGAAGAUUAUUUGGAACUUGCAAACCAAGUAAUACAUAAUGCCAAAGGCCUUCCAUUAGCUUUAACAAUAAUGGGUGCUGAUUUGCAUGGAAGAAAAAUACCCGAAUGGAAAAAUUCAUUAUAUAAGUAUGAAAAUUUUCCAAAUAAAGAUAUUCAAAAAAUAUUGAAAAUAAGUUAUGAAGGAUUAGACGAAACUGAAAGGGAUAUUUUCCUCGAUAUUGCGUGUUUCUUCAAUGGACAUUACAUGGAUUAUGUUGUGGAUAUACUGGAAACCUGUGAUUUAUACCCAGUAUCUGGUAUUCCAAAACUUAUUGAUAAGUGUCUUGUGACUAUUGAUCAAUACAAUAAAUUGUCAAUGCACGACUUGCUACAACAAAUGGGUAGGGAAAUUGUUCGACAAGAAUCACCACGGAAGCCCAAAAAACGUAGCAGGCUAUGGUUUUAUAAGGAUGGUCGUGACCUACUAAUUGAAAAUGAGGGGUCAGAUAAAAUUCAAGGCAUAAUGUUGUGCUCACCUAAACCUAUGAAGGUGCAGUUAAAGAAGCAAUUUCUUAAGAUGAAAAAUCUCAGAUUACUUAUAAUUCGUAAUCUACAUAGCUCUGGACACCUUGAAUAUCUUCCCAAUGAAUUAAGAUUUCUUGAUUGGCCUGGAUAUCCAUUUUCUUCAUUGCCAACCAAUUUUUGUCCUAAGAAAUUGGUUGCACUCAACAUGUCUGGCAGUCGAUUAGAGAAAAAAUUCAAGCAGAUAUUUUCAUCCGAAACCUUGAAAUAUGUGAAUUUCAGUUGGUGUAAAUACAUUAGGAAAUUACCUGACCUAUCAAAGGCCCCAAACAUAAAAGAAUUGGAUCUUAGGUAUUGUACGAAUUUAAUUGAGGUUCAUGACUCUGUCGGGCAUCUUGAAAAGCUUGAAGUAUGGGAACUCAGCAAUUGCACUAAACUUCGAAUUCUUCCAAGUUGUCUCAUGAUGAAAUCUCUUGCAUCUUUGACUCUUACUGGCUGCUCAAGCCUUAAGAAGCUCCCGGAUAUUUCUCAAGAAAUGAAAUGUUUAGGCAAGUUAGCACUGCACUCAAGUGGUAUUUGUGAAUUUCCUUCAUCAUUUGGGAAUCUCAUUGGACUUAAGAGCUUACUCCUCGGAAACCAUUUGGUACAUCUUCCAAGUAGCAUUUAUAAAUUACAACAUAUUGAGAGGCUCUCUCUUUAUGGAGAUGUCAUAUUUCCAAAGGACCUCGAGAAUGAAUACUUUCCCAAAUAUGUUUUUCCGAGCUUGAAUUAUCUAUCUCUUAAUUUCUUUAAGAUUCACUCGGAAAUAGAUUUUAUAUUGACUUCUUUUUGCCCCUUCUCAUUGGAAAGUUUAUACAUCACCGAUAGCAAUGUUAUUACCCUUCCAAAAUUCUUUGGCAAAUUUGAGAGAUUGCAUAUGCUUUUCAUUGAAAGGUGCAAUGAACUUCAGGAAAUUCGAAGGCUUCCACAAAGUAUAAUAAAAGUACUUACAUCAAACUGCUACUCGCUGAAUUCACAAUCAUCAAGCAAAUUAUUCCUUCAGUUUGGAGAAAUUUUAGGACUUCCACCAAAUAUAUCAUGUUUAGGUGUCAGAAGCGACAUAUCAAUGGAUCCACAGUUAUCUAGAAGAAUAUCCCAAGGAGAUGAUGAAUAUGAAAUUAUACUACCUGGACAUGACAUUCCAAAUUGGUUCAACCAUCAAAGUGUCGAAAAAUCCAUAUCAUUCUGGAUUGGUCCAGAAUUUCCCACAUUUGGUCUAUGUCUUGCUUUUGGAAUGGAGGAUGAUUAUAGUGAUUAUUGUUAUCGUGUUGACAUUUCCAUCAAUGGUAGUAGACGAACAUUCAAAAGAGGAAUCUUAUUCAAAAAUAGCUUUGACCAUCUUUGGUUUUUCUGUAGACCUCAAAGCUCAUUGCAAAAGCAAUUUCAAGACUUGAAGCUAGGCUAUCGAAACCAAGUUGAGCUGUCUUGUGAAAUAUUUUUCCCACCUUUUGCACCCAAAAAAUCUACUCCUUUUGUUAAAAGGAUGGGAGUCCAUGUAGAAUGCAGCUGUUCUCCUCCUCCUCCUCAGAAUUCUAGUAUCUUCCAUGACAACUAUAAAGAGGUCCAACCUAGAGGCCGCCGAAUUUCAAAGAGAAUUGUGCACCAACAGCUCAAACUGUCUCAUCUCCAAGGUCCAAGUUUCAUCCUACGCAGACUAUUAUGCCAUACUCUGUGCCCAACUCGGAGUACUUCUCGUCAACUAUUACUAAAAGCACGAAAACUCAGCAACAAUAAUCGCAAGAGAAAGAGGGCUUUAGUAGCAAGGAGCUGCAUAUGUUUGUGUGGAGCUCAAGCCAGUUGCCAGUGUCCAAAGGAGGUGUGUUGCACAUAUUCAGCAGGAUUGGCUUCAGUGUGUUCAAUGAAUUUGGACAGUCCAACCAGGGAUAUCAGAACAGCUUGAUCAAAAUUUGAAUGAGGAAAUAUGUCAAGGUACAGCAGAGAGCCUACAUCAACAGGGAAGACAGGAAUCACUUAGUGACUCAAUACCAAUCUAAAAUGACCAUUGACCAAGAAGAUCCAGCAAGACCAGCAGAUUCUUCUACUGACAGAAGGCCAUAGCAGGAAAAAGCUGGAACGAGGAGGAAUAGCAUACUUAGCAUAAUACAGGGAGGACAAAGAGGUGUUUACUUUAAAGGGUGUCAUUCCAGUAAAGACCCAAAUCCAAAGCACUCAACAAUGCUGGCUGCCAGGGAAGCUAUUCACCAAGCAAAAGCUCAAGGUUUCACUAGUAUGAUAAUCCUGACCAAGGGCAAGCAGGUAAGUGAAAUAAUAGCAGGAAAACCAACUCGUGAACUGGAAAGAUUCAAUACUAUCGGAAGACAUGAAACAAUGGAACUCUGUAGGCUUAUACACAAUAAGUUUUUUGGUUAAUGAAUUGAUCCUAGCAACAGCUAAAGCUGGGCUGAUCGGGCCUCUGUAUUUUGUAGACCAUUAGUAUUUGGAGCCUUAGUAUGGUCCAGAUUUCCUUUUGUGCUAUCGGAGAAAAAAAUUUCUAGGGACACGCCUAUUUCACCUCCAAAUCCACAGCAUACUCAGUGUCAGCUUGUGAUUGCUACACCCAAAUGUAUAUUUUCACCAAGUAUUAGUGUCGUUCCCAUGUGUAAGAGUUGUAAUCUAACCACAAAUUGACACCCAAACAUGUCACGAAAAUGAGUAUGAAUUUAGGUUCCAGUACGCAGGAUAUAAAGUGGGA